CACCAUUCUACUCAUCUUCCUGCUCAUCCUCCUGUUCAUCUUCCUGCUCAUCUUCCUGCUCAUCUUCCUGCUCAUCUUCCUGCUCAUCUUCCUGCUCAUCUUCCUGCUCAUCUUCCUGCUCAUCUUCCUGCUCAUCUUCCUGCUCAUCUUCCUGCUCAUCUUCCUGCUCAUCUUCCUGCUCAUCUUCCUGCUCAUCUUCCUGCUCAUCUUCCUGCUCAUCUUUCUGCCUCGACCCCCCUGACUGGCUUCUGAUCCAAAGCUUCCGUGUCAAUCAUCCUCAUCCGAUUCUAUCCUUUUACGCAUUGCACAAACAGCCCAUGAUCUCAUUCUGCGAUACCCGUUCAUCGUCAUGGGGUCCCCCAUUGGCCUAAGCUACAAAAUCCCGGUCCCAAAGAACAGAUGGAGCUGGGAACAGAGGACUUUCCUCUGCUGCCUCCAUGAAUACUUCCGGAGAGACCGUAAAGUAUUCAAAGACAUUUUUAACCACGUUUUCGAAUCACAAGUGAAAGAAUGUGGACUAGUCGAUGGAAUCUCUUGGAGGGCGCUUGAUUCUCAAUGGCGGGAAUUGGAGAGAUUUUCAUAUCCGGAGUGGAGAGAGGUUCAUCAAGCUUCACUCAGCGGGAACAGGCGUUGGCGUCCUAUACUUGCACAGAUAAAGAGGGCUGCAAGAGAUCUCGGGCUUCACGUAGUCCAGAAGUAUAUCGAUGAAAAUUAUACUCCUAGCUUUCGGCCAACUCCAACCCCGCCAGCUAACGUUCGGGAUGCGCAGAGCCCGAGUAACUCCGUGAUACAGAGCCUUGAGGGAAUGGUUGCUAGGGGCGAACAAGAGCAGCCAGAGUCAGAACUCAUUGGUCCUACUCAAAACAACGCCAGCUUAUGCAACGGCGGUGGCAAAGUAUGCCUCUGGUGCGCGCAAGAACAAGCCACCAAUGAAGAAAUAUCGGAACAGACGAGUUCGUCCAGGACUAAAUCGAGUAAUUCAGUGCCCCCGCUUCUUUACCGGUGGUCUAAUAUCGACAGCCAAGGCGUUAACUCGAAGAAGUUAUUUCUGGCUGGUCUAUUUGCAGAUGGCCGCGAAUAUUUCUCCCCAGAAGAUAUUUCCUCGGAGGAGUUUUCUCAAUACUUUUUGAUACAUGCCUACAUCGAGGAAAAGCCAACACCAUUCAUAUCAACAUUUACAUCAAUGCUGUCCCCAGUACACAGAGCACUUCGGGGAAAAGAAGGCGCUAUUAUAUCGAUCAUCGACACCAAAAAGCUAGACACUGCGUUAUUUUCCGCACAUGAUAAUUACAGAACACGUAACCUGCGCAUCCGAGGUUAUAAUGGCGGAGGUGAGUGGUUGGUAUGGGGAAGGAUCCCCUCCGCUGCCAUAAUAUGUGCUGUGAAAAUAAGUACGAUACAACAGCUAGCAGCGCAGCAUUUUGAGAUUGGAAAGUUACUCCAGCUUGCAAAGAUAGCCUCUCAUAAGUUCAACAGGAAGAAGCUGCAUGAAGAUCUAGCUAGAGGAGCUGGAAACCUCGACCGCGCCUCAGGUUUUGCGAUAGGGAAAUUCCUAGUAUCUAUUGGUCUUCCGUUGAAAUUUAGAAAGGAUGUCAGCGAAGGCUUAGUUCGUUCUUGGAGAGUGAAGAGAACAGGAUCAUGGGAUACUUUCUACGAGGGAUUGGAUGCUGGCUAUGGCCUCAAUUCUAGACCAUUUUCUGCCAGAUCUAAUGAAGCCGGGAGUCCGGAGCCUGUGUCUUAUGAAAGUUCAGAUGAAGAUUCAGUCACUGAGUGUGGAGACGCAAGUGAUGGCGAACUCGAGGCUUUGGCUGCCAGCUCCCCUUGCCCAAGGGGUCGCGGACAGACUGAAGAUCAUAUCUAUAACCAAACCCUCGAAAAUACCCCAGAACAGAAUUCUCACUCGAAUCCCCACUGGUCCCCUCGGAAAAGCACAGGGCCAGAUUCUGAAUUGGCAUUUAACGGAAUCGCCGAGCCAGGAAACGACGACCUAUUUGUUCAGCCCGGCUUUGACCAAUCAGCAGAGCAAAUGAGCGACUGGCCUGACGAGGAUGAAGCCCAGGAACUGCUAUCACUAACCACACCCUCAUUCCGUCCGCUCAUCGAGUUGUUCAACCCAGACACUGGUGGAUGGGUUCAAGAACAGGCAGAGUUAAGACGGAAUUUAGACGGUCAACCAUCUAGCAUGCAAUCGGUUUCAUUUCAUGAUAUGCUGGGAAUCCGUGGCAUGUCUGAUAUUGAAAGCGACAUACUAUUCGACAUUGAGAGGUGUUCCACUACAAGCAUGUCUCGUGAGUCGUCAGAGGACAUCAUACCGCAGCAUCGGUUCGCCGAAGAUCGAGAACGCCGAAGACUCUGGCUUCAGAAGUGAACUCGCUCUUCCCAUACUCCACUUUGUACGCCAGAUGUGCACCACACCAAUUCUAUUCGCCCUCCAGACACUUAUUGUCAUGACAUGGACGCUAAGAUCGGUCCGUGAGAUUAGUGGUGGUGGAUGCGCAUGUGUGGGGGAUGCUUAUCUGUGGGAGGCGAUUUAGAAUGGUACAUAUGGACGUGCACUAGA